CGCUCAAUGCUGAAGACAAUCUCUCACUGACUGGAUUAUUACUGAACCAACUCUCACACUAGGAUUUUAUCUGGAAACCGAGCUGUCUUUGACCACCACAACUGGAUCCUCAUGGCGUCAAGCGAACUUAGUCUCAUUCUCAACAAUGCCAAUGCCAACCUGUACCCUGAGCCGCAGGCCAGCCUGUUGAGCAUGUGCAGACCACCGCAUCUCUCCGAGAUCACCUUCAACAGUAACGCCAACAGCGCAUUAGGCUCCUGGGACCAGGUGAACCCGCAGAUGUGGAGCAGGCAGAACGUUCUGGAGUGGAUCGGCUUUCACGUGGAGGAGAGCAGAUUCGAUGCCGGUUUGCUGAAUCUGAACUACUGCACCAUGGAUGGGCUCACACUUUGCGCAACAUCAAAGGAAGCACUGAUGAGCAUGUUCGGGCCGGAGUUGGGCAAUCUUCUUCACCACAGUCUGGAGAGCCUGAAGGCGAGAUAUGUUAAUGACCUGUCUGAGAACACAGUCCUGAGUGAAUCUGAAUUUGAACUACUGGACAACAUCCUGCAGAACUCAUUUCCCUCCAUGCAUGGACCAGGCCUUGGGCCUCUGCUGGAAACUGUGGUGGUCCAGUCUACAAUUCCAACAGACAAUUCAGACACUAAAUACAGCUACUUCGAUGAGUACACCAGCCAGCUGACCCCAGAGAGUGACCACGGCUACGACUCUCUCACAGAGAGCUUUCAGAGUUCUCAGGCUGGCAGCUUCCUGAACCCGAGCUCACCCGAGUCCAACAGCAGUGAUUCUGACCCCGAAUACUCAGAGACUCCUUACUCCAUCAGCUCCAAGAACUUUUCAAAACAAGAGCCAGAAAAGACCAAGAGAGGCAGAGGACGACCUCCCAAGCUCAGGGAUAGUGACGGAUUUGAUCACUUCAUUCAGUCCAAGAAAAGCAAACAUGCUCCAAGAGGAACCCACCUGUGGGAGUUUAUCCGGGACAUCCUGAUCCACCCGGAGCAGAACCAGGGUCUGAUGAAGUGGGAGGACCGCAGGGACGGCGUCUUCAAGUUCUUGAAGUCUGAAGCUGUUGCUCAGCUCUGGGGGCAGAAGAAGAAGAACAGCAGCAUGACCUACGAGAAGCUCAGCAGAGCCAUGAGGUAUUACUACAAGAGAGAGAUUCUGGAGAGAGUGGACGGACGGAGGCUUGUUUACAAGUUUGGAAAGAACUCCACUGGUUGGAGGAUAGAGGAGACCGGUUAUUAAAGUUGACCUGAUGGUAGGGGAUCGCUUUCAGGAAAAAUGUAGAGACUUUGGACUCCUGCUAAUGAGGAACUUUAAGCUAAGCUUGGAUGCUCUGAAGAUCCUCCCUUUAGAAACACACUCUUCCCAGAGGGAAAAGGUUUCACAGAAACUGUAAGCCAGUGUUUUGGCUAAAGUAGGUUUUAUGAACCGGUAAAAAGUGGCAAUUGUCUGGUUGUAAGGGCACGCAGGCGUAGCCUGGUUCAGAUAUUGCUACACCACUUCAAGAGUCUAUGUAAACAGCUGUUCUACGCAAUGUUAGUGAAUGUCAAGCUUUACGAAGGCUCUUGGUUUUGGAAAAUGAAGUUUGAUGUGUAUUUUUAAAGCUGAAUAACUGAAGUGUUGGCGACGUUCAGAUUAAUAUUUGCUCUACUGUAUAUAAAUGAACUAUAUAUUCUUCAUAAUAUUUGUCAAUCGUGUACAAAUCAGAUAUAUCAUAAAAGAUUAUUCCUAAUUUUUUCUGUGAUUUAAGUCACUGGAUGAUGUGUAUGAGGAUUCCCUCUAAGAUUGUAUGCUAUUGUAAGGCAUAUAUUUGCUGUUUUUUGUAUGACUUUUCUAAAUAAAAUAAAAUUUCAGAUUUAAAAACA